UUGGCCCGCCGGCCUGUCGCUCAGGCUCGGAGCCCACUUCCGCUUCCUGCUUCCUUCCGCCGAGGCGAGUGCGGUGCGGGGAGCGGGUCCCGGUGAGCGCGUCCCGUCUCUCACUAGUUUUCAUCGUGUGGACAGCCCUACUGCAAAGAUGGUCAACGUCCCUAAAACGCGAAGGACUUUCUGUAAGAAGUGUGGGAAGCACCAGCCGCACAAAGUGACCCAGUACAAGAAGGGCAAGGACUCGCUGUACGCGCAGGGCAAGAGGCGCUACGACCGCAAGCAGAGCGGCUACGGCGGGCAGACGAAGCCCAUCUUCCGGAAGAAGGCCAAGACCACCAAGAAGAUCGUGCUGAGGCUCGAGUGCGUGGACCCUAACUGCAGGUCCAAGAGGAUGCUGGCCAUUAAGAGGUGCAAGCAUUUCGAACUGGGAGGAGACAAGAAGAGGAAGGGCCAAGUGAUCCAGUUCUAAGCUUUGGGAUUCCUCUGCUUUUAUUUCUGAGAGGAAAAUGUUGACGCCAUAGGAAGAUGACCUGUAUGAAAAUAAAGUGAGAAUCUUGCCCAA